CAACCCACGACGCCAACCAUCAAAGUCGUCAGCAGCAAACGCAAUCACAGCCAACAACCAUCGCUAGCUUGCUUCCUGGCUCGCUUGCUUGCGCCACCAAUCCAACAACCAAGCACACGCACACGCACGCUCCGACAAUGGGGCUCACGUCUUCAACGGAAUCCUACCUGCCGGAUGAGCAGCUGGAGGAGUACAAGAAGCUUGAUUUCACGGUGCCGCAGAUCCAUAGACUAUACCGCCGCUUCCAACGAUUGGACAAGGAGCGCACCGGCUUUAUCACAUUGGAGGAGCUGAUGUCAAUCCCAGAGCUGGCGAUGAAUCCUUUGGUGGAGCGCAUCGCGGAGCUCUUCAACAGAGACCACAGCACAGAUAAGACGGAGGACGGGCCGAUUCACAUUGACUUUAAGAAGUUCCUGAAUACGCUCUCGGUGUUUCAGCCGAUCACGGAGCGCCCCCGCGAUCCAAACGAGGACGAGGCAACGCACAGAGACAAGAUGGAGAAGAAGAAGCGCAAGAAACUGCAAUUUGUGUUUCAGAUCUACGACACCAAAGAUGACGGCUUCAUCGACGCAGAGGAGCUCUUCUCGGUGCUGAAGAUGAUGGUGACAGAUGGCAUUACGGAUGAGCAGCUGACGUUCAUCGUGGAUCAGACCAUCAAGGAGGCGGACAGUCGCGGCGAUGGUCGCAUCUCCUUUGAUGAGUUCUGCAGAAUCCUGGAAAAGACAGACCUGCACCAGCGCAUGGCCAUUCGCUUCUAGCAUGGGAUGUGUUGCUGUGAGUGCGUGUGUGUGUUUCUGUGUGUCCGCGUUGUGGACGGUGUAAAUGACUUGAUUCUUGUAGCAGGUUCGAUGCGAUGCUCUGCAGUGUGAAGGGGCGUGUGGGUGUGAACGAGCGAGUAAACGAAGCAAGGGAGUGACA